AUGUCUAGUUUUUCGAUUGUAGACGCCCUCGAUAUCCUAUACACCUCAAUUCCUCAAUGGAACACACGCCUCGAUGAGCUAAACGGCCAAAUAGCUCUGCGACAAAUAGAGCUCGCACGAUUAGAAGAUUCAGAGCAUCCGAGGCCCUCGACACGAUCACUCAAGAACAAGGGUUCUACCGAGUCAUUGCGACCCAAAGAUGGAGGGGAAAACCCCUUCGCAAACGACGCAGAGGGUAUUCCACUGAAUCCUUUCGAUACACCAAAGUCGACCACCAAUGGAUACUCCCCUCCACGACGGACGAGCUCCUCGAUCGCAAGAGGUUUAGCGAGCGGAAAAUUGGCAACAAACAUACAGCCAAAAGCUCACAAUUCGACGGGGGCGCUUGAAAGGCAGCCCUCAACAUCAAAAUCACCAACACAACAGGUCAACGGCGGACGGAAUGUGUUGCGAAAACGAAAAACAGAAUCGCUGGCUUCCGGAGAAUCAAUUGCCCCUAAAUUUAGAACGAGAUCUAUGAUCAUCAUAUACUACGAUGGUGAAGUUCAACGAGCGUUUGAAGACCUUGUCAAAUUUGUAAGCGGGAGCAGAAAUUCUAUGCGUAAGGGGAAAAUGGCAGCAAAAAUGGCAGAAAUGAAACGCGCCGCAGAAAAGGAAGUCGAGGAAGAAGAAGACUUAGAUGCAGAAGACGACAUGCUUGCUGCGGAUAAUUUGGUUGUCGGGCCAAAGGCGUUAGAACCAGAUCCAUUGGCAGUCGGAUCUGAUGAGGGCGAUGAGGACGAUGAUGAACCAAUGCCAAAACUGAAAUUCGUCUCUACCAGAAAUAUGGGACCGCGGAACAUGGCGAAGGAAGCGGCAACAGCUGACAACCAGGGAAGCACGCUCAGUCUUGGCCUGUUACGAGGAUACCGAAGAGGCCCUGCGGAAUCUCCGGAUAUUUUCGACCAGCUAGACAAAGGACUAGAGUGGUGUCAAAUCCAAUGCGAGAAAGGUGCCCAUAACUUCCUUCGCGAAGGAGAGUGUGGUACAGAAAUCGCCAGUAUCAAAUCAAAGCUGACAGAAGUCCAAGCCACCGCGCUGAAAGAAAUGGAACGACUGAAGAAAGAAGAAGCUACAUUGGGAGCUCGACCGGUGAAAGCUCCACGGCCAGAUAUUCCCAAACCAAGGGGCAGAGAAUUAAAACAACCACAACUGAGAAGAGAGUACAAUCCACCCAAAGAACUUGAGGUCGAUGACAUGGAAGUCGACGAUGAGGGUGUUGAUGACCUCCAGCUUCCGGCGAAGUUGGUUUUCAAGCGCUCCGGGCAGGUUUGA